CGCGGCUUCCCAGUAUUACGUCACCGACUGACCAAGGCGCACGUCUUGCAAGUACGCACACGGUUCGAAUCGUCCUCGGUAGGACGACCUGUCGCGACGCGGCGUGCAUCGAUCAUUCACCAAUCCCCGGCUUCGACCUCGUCUCGAUCAUUGAAUCCUCGUCGAUACGUUCGCCGUUUCGUAGAAACCACCGCCGCGGGGGAUACCAUUUCGUCAACUUGUCGACGAAUUCGCCGUGGGCGCCCAAGAGUUGAAUUGAUGCUGGACCGGGUCUGGGGAAUGAGAGAGCCCGCGAGGAAAUAUCGCUGAACUUGCAAGGAGACUGCGAAAAACUCGAGGGUAAAGGAAGAAACAGCUUCGCUGGAGAGCCCAGGAUGACGAUCAACCCGUCGUCUAUGGUGACGGACUACCUCGUGUUCGUCGGCUGUAUCAUCGCCUCGUUCGUGAUACCGCUAUGGGGCAAGUUUCGCGGUCGACGGAAGGAGACCACCAAAGCGGACUACGUGUUCGCCACCGGGAGCGUGUCGAUGGGCGCUAUGAUGCUAUCCAUCGCCCGGAGCACCUUGGGUGUCAGAUCCUUCCUCGGCUACCCGUCGGAACUCUACUACAGGGGCAGCGCCAUGUGGGAGACCAUAUACGGGAUGCUGCUCGCGUAUCCCAUCGUUUGUUUCGUCUUCGUACCUGUUUACUUCAGUCUCGGCAUCACGUCGGUCUAUCAGUAUCUGGACAUGAGGUUCAAGUCGAAGCUAGUCAGAUGCCUCGCGAGCUUCACAUACGUGGUACGGAGCCUCCUAAACUUGGCCGUCACGGUCUUCACGCCGUGCGUCGCUCUAAAGACUGUGAUUGGCCUACCGUAUUGGGUAAGCAUCAGCGGGAUCACCACGAUAGCCGUCCUGUUCAAUCUCAUGGAUGGUCUUAAGGCGGCCAUACUGUCCGAUGUGAUACAAGGCCUGACGAUGAUCGGCGUCUCGCUUUUGGUACUCGCCAGAGGCGCAGUCGAUAUCGGCCCGGAGAAAAUCUUAAACGUGACGUACGAACGUGGCCGAUUAGAUUUCUUCAACACCGAUUUGGAUCCAACAAUUCGUGUGACGACCAUCUCGGCGAUCCUCGGCCAAUUAUUCAUAAGCCUAUCCAUUUUCGGUUGCCAGCAGAACUUUGUGCAAAGGUACUGCAGCAUGAACAGCCUUCGACAAGUCGUUAGAACAAUGAUGUCGAACAUGCCGAUAGUCUUCGUACUCUUCUCGCUCUCUUGGGUAGUGGGCAUGGUAAUCUUCACCAAUUACGCGGACUGCGAUCCGCUCACGUUGGGUUACAUCUCGAAAUUCGACGAAAUCGUGCCGUUCUAUGUGGAAGACAAGUUCCUGAGUUACCCCGGCCUGCUGGGCUUAGUAAUGGCCACCCUGUUCAACAGCGCGUUGACCUUGGCCGUGUCGAACCUGAAUUCUCUGGCGACCGUCACCUUCGAGGACUUCCUCGGUCAGAUACCGCUGAUGAGAGAUCUGAAAGACAGUCAGCAGCUAUUCAUUAUCAGAAUGAUCAGCGUUAUCUAUGGAGUGAUAAUAAUAGGCGUGAGCUUCGUCGUAGCGAUGCUAUCGGGCGUGAUAGAAUCAUCACUGCUGAUGACGUCCGCGACUUCGGGUCCCCUUCUCGGCGUCUUUCUGUUAGCCUUGCUGGUACCAUGUGCGAAUUGGAAAGGUGCCGCAGCUGGGAUGAUCUUCAGCCACGUGACGACUAUGUGGAUGACUUUCGGUUACCUAACAAAGAGCAACACUGUGGAAGUGUUACCAUUGUCCACGGAGGGUUGCCGGAACGACACGUUCUCUCCGUGGAUCACGAAACCGGGCAUCGUAGAGUUCGUCGUGCCGAAUGUCACCAGCGAUCAGAACUUCGUUAACGCAACCGCGGGAACGUCGACCGCGGGUCCCCUAGAGUUUCUCUACAGCAUCACGUACAUGUACUACGCGUUCAUAGGAAGCAUGUCGACCGUGAUCGUCGGUAUCAUCGUCAGCCUGUUGACGGCCGACCCGAAGGGCGACAUGUACGAGGAGCAUCUGCUUCAUCCGUUCGCGGUGAAACUCUCGCGGUAUUUCCCGGGUAGACAGAGACUGUACGCGAGCAGCACGCGGCUGCAAGCCGAGCAGGACAUGGCCAACGCUACCUCCUCGUCGUCGAUGACCUCGAUUGCGAACGGCGGCAUGCAGAAGAACGGCACUCUGCAGGGGAUCGUCGACGAUUACGGGAAAUUUCACAUCGCCGACAACUACAGGGAGAAGCUGAACGCUUUGAAGAACGUCUCGCUGGACGUGACGAACGAGGUCAGCAAAGGAACCCGGCUCUGAGAACCGGAGGGGAGGUCCCGACCUCUCUUAAUCCUGUGCUCGACUACGUUUGAGAGCGAACCGGAAUGGCUUACGGCGUUCCCUUGGCGCACAACUGGGAAUCGAAGUUGACGAGCCUACAGGGUGAGCGAUCGUCUUUUCUAGUUCCUCCGUUUGAAUCUUGGAGAAUUUUUUUCGAUAGUUUACCUACGUACGUAGUUGUUUAGUUACCUAAUAUUUUCGUCGAGCGUUCCGUAGAAUCGCGACACAGUUACGCUUUGUACAGCCGGGUAGUAACGCGAUUUUACACGGUAGAAGUUAGUACAAAGAACCGAAGUUGUCGGGAAUUAAUCAAGUUAUAGUAAAUGAAAUUUUCAAUAAUAGUUACAGAGUAACGAAUAUUGAAACUCGACGAGAGUGAUCGGCGUCGCGCCGAUAGGUUUUCCCUCCAUGUUCUCCCGACACACGAGCCCGCAUCGGUAGCUUGCAGGCUACAAACGGUGGCAUUUAUCGGUUGCACGCGAAACUGCGUCUACCUGCUGACUCGAUUUUCCCCAUACGCGCUUACACUCGCUUUUUUCGUUGACGAGCGACGAGAGAGUGAUGUCACUCUCCCGCUCCGAUCGACGAACUUAUGAACGCCGAACAUUUCGAGUUCGCAGAUUUUCGUCGACAAUAUACUUAUCGACUACGUAUUAUUAUUUCCUUUUUGUGAAUUUGCCAUAAAGACACUUGUACGUUAUACGUAUACACGCGUAUACAUAUAAUACUCAUUGUUUACUAAGGGAAGGUGCGAAUCCCCCGGGACGAGUUAAGGGGCUAUACCAGUACGACAGCCCAAUUUUGUUUUAAGAAAAGUAUUCCAUCGAAUGUCAAUAAAAUUAUUACUAAAAAUUAUAAUUAAAUUAUUAUUAUAAUAAUUAAUAUACUACCCGGUAAGUGUUUUUAUUUAAGGAUUCAUACAACCUUAAUAAGAACGACAGGACAAUUCUUCUGAUGCUAAUCUAUCCUGUAAAGCGACAGUCGUACCACGGGCUGUAAAACUAUAAUCCAAUUGAUUCGCUUAUAUUCGCAAUACUUCAUCUACUGUAAUUCCAAAUUCUUAGGGAUUUACAACCUACAUGUAAUAUAGGAUUAUAUUUUCUCUACACGACGAGAAAAAUGAUUCGUUAUCGACGAAGGAAGACGUAAUAUAGAUUCGCGUUUGAAUAGGACUGCCUCUGCCGUUAACGUUCGUAACGAAAGUAUUGAAUCGUGAUAUGAUUUGCGAGGAAUCAAGCGGAUGUUAAUACGUCCAUUGCACGAGGUUCAGAUUCUUAAGGUCAGAGUUCCGUGCGACGGCUGAAUGAAUCACUAUGCAAAUGAAACGAACGAGGCGUUCGCGUUGACUUCCGAUUCACGAGAACUCGCGAUUCUAAAAUACUGCGCGAAACUCUGACUCUGCGAAUAUUAAUUAAGUUUUAUAUAGAUUACGCGUUAUUUUUGUAACGAUAUACUAUAUGUAUACAUAUACAUAUGAGAGAUGAUUGUACGAGUAGCGCACCGAAUGGAUCUGUACGAGACAACUGUGAAUAUUUAUUUUAUUCUCCUUUUUUGCAUACAAUAAAUAUAUCACGUUUUGUAAGUGUUCUGUUGAAAA